AUGGGUCGCAAAAAGAGCACGAUUGAUAGGAACGAGCGCGAGAAGUUACGAAAGGGGAGAGUAAGGAAGGAGGAGAAAUUUAACAGGUUGUUGAGUACUUGGGUCAAGGAGAAAUAUCCGUAUAUUUAUUACGAAUAUACAAGAGCAUAUCGUGAGGUUGUAACAGCGAAUCCUCAUAUAAGAGAUAUAACAAGGACGAUGGAUUGGAAGAUACGGCUGUAUGAUAAUACGGGAUUGAGUAUGAACACGAUACGGGACUCAAUCGACGAAGUAUGUGAAGUUUUAAACAUUGAGGAUGAGGUGACAUUACUUGAGAAGAGUAUUAAUAGCAUUGUCAGCGAUAUGGGCGAAAACAACAACAACAACAACAACAACAACAACAACGGUGAGCGAGGCGAGAACAACAACAAUAACAACGGUGAACGAAGCGAAAACAUCGGCGAGCGAGGCGAACAAAGCGAGAACAUCAACAGCGAGCGAAGCGAAAACAACAACGACGAGCGAAACGAACGAAGCGAGAACAACAACAAAAAACAACACAACAACAACGGUGAGCGAGGCGGAAGGGACACGCCAACUUUCGACCCGUAUGAAGAUAUCAGCAAGCAUUAUCAGGAUUUUGAUUUUGAGGUCGAGUUACUUGACUGGGAAUGUUUUGAGGAUGAUGAUAAUUUUAAAGAUUUAGAAAACGAUUUGCGAGACAUUGAGCUUAUGGAUUUUAAUAUAUGA